AGACAAUAAAACAGUUUUCACUUUUACUUAGCAAACGCCACCAGAAGAAAUCCUACUUAUUUAAAAUCAAAUAUCAUUUCAGUUAUGAGUUAUGGAGCCCCAGAAAAUAAUCGAAGUCUAGAUCGGCAAUUUGCUGGCCUAGACUUGAAAGCCGGUGAUUUGCAAAGUCGGAACGCUGGCACUCAAAGGACUUCACAAAGCACUUACAUCCCUCCUCAUCUUCGUGGAGGAGGUGGAGGCACACAACAACGUUCAGCUGAAUUUUUUAGCAGAGACAGCUAUUACGGAGGAAGAAGUGGUGGAAGAGGUUAUUCCCGUAGCAAUAGUUAUGGCAACAGUUACGGUGGGGGAAGUUAUGGAUAUAAUCAAUACAAUAACUUUGGUGGCAAUAAUAGAAAUAACUAUGGCGGUGGUUAUGGAAAACGUGGUAGUGGUUAUAGGGACAGAAAUUACGACUCUCCCAAAGAUCCUUGGAUGUCGUUGCCCUCUGCGGAAGAUUGGGGCAAGCUAUUACCACCCAAUGAACGCUUGGAAAGAGAACUGUAUGCUGGCUGCAACACCGGUAUCAAUUUUGACAAAUACGAAGAUAUUCCCGUGGAGGCGACCGGAGAUAAAUGCCCAGAUCAUAUUGAAAAUUUCUCUGAUUGCUCCAAACUGGGAGAAGUUAUAACUCACAAUAUUGAACUGUGUCAAUAUUCCAAGCCAACACCGGUUCAAAAAUAUGCCAUACCGAUCAUCACUGGAUAUCGUGACUUGAUGGCCUGCGCUCAGACAGGAUCUGGAAAGACUGCUGCAUUCCUUAUUCCGAUUUUGAGUCGAAUUUUUGAAGAUGGACCUCCGUCCCCCCCUGACAUGAAGCAUCUUGGUCGACGAAAGCAGUUUCCUAUCGGUCUUAUUCUUGCUCCGACCCGUGAAUUAGCCAUUCAAAUUCUCGAUGAAGCAAAAAAGUUUGCGUAUAGAUCUCACGUACGUCCUGCCGUCGUCUACGGCGGAGCUGAUGUUGGCCAACAAAUGCGUGAUCUUGACCGCGGUUGUCAUCUUCUUGUUGCCACCCCUGGACGUCUGGUGGACAUGUUGGAUCGUGGCAAGAUUGGCUUGGAUGUUUGCAAGUUCUUGGUUUUGGAUGAAGCAGAUCGCAUGUUGGACAUGGGAUUUGAACCCCAAAUUCGUAGAAUUGUCGAGAAGGACUCGAUGCCAAAAACAGGCCAAAGGCAAACCCUCAUGUUUAGUGCUACAUUUCCAAAGGAAAUUCAGGUACUUGCACGUGAUUUCUUAGACAACUACAUUUUCUUGGCUGUUGGACGUGUUGGUUCAACAAGCGAAAAUAUCACUCAAAAGGUCGUUUGGGUCGAUGAUGUUGACAAGAGAUCUUUCUUGUUGGACCUUCUCAAUGCUUCUGGUCCUGACUCAUUGACGUUGGUGUUCGUGGAGACGAAGAAAGGAGCGGAUGCAUUGGAAGAUUACUUAUAUCGUGAGAAAUAUCCUGCAACGUCCAUUCACGGCGAUCGCUCCCAGCGUGAGCGGGAAGAUUCACUGCAAUCAUUUCGGAGUGGUAGAACUCCAAUUCUUGUGGCCACUGCGGUUGCAGCUCGUGGUCUGGACAUACCACAUGUGAAACAUGUGAUCAACUUUGAUAUGCCCAGUGAUAUUGAGGAAUAUGUCCAUAGGAUCGGUCGCACAGGUCGUGUCGGCAACACAGGCUUGGCAACUUCAUUCUUCAAUGACCGAAACAAAAAUAUCAGUAAAGUAUUGGUGAAUAUUUUGGGUGAAGCAAAACAGGAGGUGCCACCUUGGUUGGAGUCUAUUGCUAGCGAAUAUCAAAGCAGUGGUGGAUCGCGUAGUAAAGGAUAUCGUCGAACUGGCAAUAGUGCAUUUGGCUCUCGUGAUUAUCGUCAACAAGCCAAUCGCGGUGGUUACAUGCAGAGUAAUGCAGGCGGUUAUGGCCAAGGCUAUGGGGGAUUUGCUCCUGGCAACUAUGCUGGUUCUUAUGAAGGAGGAAGUAACUAUGGUUAUGGUAACUAUGGUGGCUAUUCACAACGUGGUAACUCCAAUAGUGGUCGCUCCAACGAUUGGUGGAAUUAAACCAUUGUGUUGUAUUUUACGUUUUUCCAUUACUCUAUUCUUUCAUUUUCUGUGUUUGGUACGUUUUUGUGCAGUUGAGUUGGGAUCUUGGUGACGCACCUUUUCAGGACUUCUUGGAUGUUUUCUCUGCCAUAUAUAUUCUUCCGUGUGUGUACUUUCUCGUAUACUUGCGAUCAUCGCAUUGAAAAUGUACGUAUUACUGAAGGACAUAACCUUUUACGAUGGAUGGCCUUGGCGUUCGCGUUUCCCGUAAACAUUGGUUUAUAUUUGGAAGUGGAGGUCUCUGCAUUCUUAAGAUAAUCUGUUCGGCCAAGGCUUGAAUGAUUUAGUGGUGUAACCCACAGAAUUGAUGUUUGUAUAAUGAUCAGAUACUACAAAUCUCUUAUAAGGUGUUUAAAGUUAUUCAAAUUUUGGCUAGAAAGUAUUUGUACCUGUAACUAUUUUGUACUUGUUUUAAUUUAAGCCAUGCACGUUAGGUUGUCUUUGCUACUUUGAUUUGUACUUGCCUAUGUAUGCUAAGAAAUUAACGUAAGUUUAUUUAAGUAAAUUAGUGCUUAAAUUGUGUUCAAGUAAGUCGCAUUUGUUACGUACGGCUUUUAGCAGCAUUGGUUAACAAUACCUGACCCUGCGUCCUUUCAUCAUAAUACUGCACAUGCUGCAAAGUCCGCUUUACACGUAUUUCCUUAUGGGAAGAACACGUUGCAUGGUUGAAAUUUAUUACUGUUACAGGAAACUUAAUAUUUUAGCAGGUUUUGGUUUGGACAAUUUAGUCGUUCUAAAUUUCGGUGACAUAGCGGUCUUAAAACUGUAUUGAAGUCAUCCUCACCAUUAACAAAAUUCCUUUUUAAUAACUGGCUGAUUAAAGUAGAUUAAAAUUACUUGGAAACGAUACGAAUACUUUUGUUAAAUUAUAAUAAACCUAUUUCUAUGAUGACAUGCGUUGCUUGUUUUUUGGAAACAAUGAAUUAUAAGACCGUAAUGUCGAAAAUUAAAUAAAAACAUUUAACUUUCUUCUGAACGUUAUGUACUUUUACAAAGGAAACUUUCUUGUUGAUAUCCAGUGUAUAAAGGCGUGUUGACAAAUUUUCACGUAUAGAUUCUAUUGUAUAGUAUAUAUAUCUCAAUAUUGAUAGAUAGAGAUCGAACUUGAAUUGUGAUCGACGUCUAUUUAUAUGAAGGAUGCAUGCUGAUGAUAUUUCAGAGUAAAAAAGGUAUUUCGCUAUAGUGUUACAAACGUUCGUAACCUUACCAAUAGGCAUGAUAGAAUCGUUAGAAAAUCUACUCCCCCAACUAAUUUAUUGAAAAUAAGUACUUGAAAAUUGCGAUUUUGCAUUAAAACCUGCGUCAAAAACUGCAUGUUCUAUUUUCUUGUGUGGAAUUUGUGUUGAUUGAAUAUACCUUCCUUUCAAUGCUCGUCAAUGCUCGUCAAAUGUCUUCAACCAUGCCGAAAGAGAUGCAUAAGCAUGUUGCAUUUUCGUAUAAUUAUAUCUUUUUCCUAAGGAAGUGUUAAUGCAAAAUCAGCUCUUAUCGUAAUUGUACUGUUACGUUACAUUAUUGUAAUUAUUAUUAUAUUAUUUGUUAUAAUAGCAAGAAGUCCUUUAAUUAAUUCAGUCAUCAAGCACGUAAA